AGGACCAGGGUGGCGGCUCCCUUUCGCAGCAUGGCCCCCUCGGCAUGGGCCAUCUGCUGCCUCCUGGGGGGCCUCCAGCUCAGCGGGGGCAGCCCGGGCCCCGGAGUGCCCCGCCUGCGGCUCUCCUACCGAGACCUCCUGUCUGCCAACCGCUCAGCCGUGUUUCUGGGCCCCCGUGGCUCCCUGGGGCUCCGGGCGAUGUACCUGGAUGAGUACCGAGAUCGCCUCUUUCUGGGGGGCCGCGAUGCCCUCUACUCGCUGCGGCUGGGCCAGGCAUGGCCAGACCCCCGAGAGGUGCUGUGGCCGCCACGGCCAGGCCAGAGAGAGGAGUGUGUCCGCAAGGGGAGAGACCCUGUGACGGAGUGUGCCAACUUCGUCCGGGUGCUGCAGCCCCACAACCGGACCCACCUGCUGGCCUGCGGCACGGGGGCCUUCCAGCCCACCUGUGCCCUCAUCACGGUCGGGCACCGUGGGGAGCAUGUGCUACACCUGGAGCCCAGCAGCCUGGAGAGUGGGCGCGGAAGGUGCCCGCACGAGCCCAGCCGCCCCUUUGCCAGCACCUUCGUUGGCGGGGAGCUGUACACAGGCCUCACGGCUGACUUCCUGGGGCGCGAGGCCAUGAUCUUCCGCAGUGGGGGCCCCCGGCCGGCCCUGCGUUCUGAUUCCGACCAGAGCCUCUUGCACGACCCCCGGUUCAUUAUGGCUGCCCGCAUCCCUGACAACUCUGACCACGCUGAUGACAAGGUGUACUUCUUCUUCUCCGAGACGGUCCCCUCACCUGACGGCGGCCCGGGCCGUGUCACCGUCAGCCGCGUGGGCCGCGUCUGCGUGAACGACGCGGGAGGCCAGCGGGUGCUGGUGAACCGAUGGAGCUCCUUCCUCAAGGCCAGGUUGCUCUGCUCCGUGCCCGGCCCAGGGGGUGCCGAGACCCACUUUGACCAGCUGGAGGAUGUGUUCCUGCUGUGGCCCAAGGCGGGGAAGAGCCCAGAGGUGCAUGCGCUGUUCAGCACUGUCAGUGCCGUGUUCCGGGGCUUUGCUGUCUGCGUGUACCACAUGGCAGACAUCUGGGAAGUCUUCAAUGGGCCCUUUGCCCACCGAGACGGUCCUCAGCACCAGUGGGGACCUUUUGGGGGCAAGGUGCCCUUCCCCCGCCCCGGUGUGUGCCCCAGCAAGAUGACCGCACAGCCAGGACGGCCCUUUGGCAGCACCAAGGACUACCCAGACGAGGUGCUGCAGUUUGCCCGCACCCACCCACUUAUGUUCCGGCCCGUGCGGCCUCGGCGUGGCCGCCCCGUCCUCGUCAAGACCCACCUGGCCCAGCAGCUGCGCCAGAUCGUGGUGGACCGUGUGGAGGCUGAGGACGGGACCUACGACGUCAUCUUCCUGGGAACCGACUCAGGCUCUGUGCUCAAAGUCAUGGCCCUACAGGCUGGAGGCUCAGCUGAGCCCGAAGAGGUGGUUCUGGAGGAGCUGCAGGUGUUCAAGGUGCCAGCUCCCAUCACGGAGAUGGAGAUCUCUGUCAAACGGCAAAUGCUGUACGUAGGUUCUCAGCUGGGUGUGGCCCAGCUGCGGCUGCACCAAUGUGAGACUUACGGCAGCGCCUGCGCUGAGUGCUGCCUGGCCCGGGACCCGUACUGUGCCUGGGAUGGCACCUCCUGUACCCGCUACCGCCCCAGCCCUGGCAAGCGCCGGUUCCGCCGGCAGGACAUCCGGCAUGGCAACCCUGCCCUGCAGUGCCUGGGCCAGAGCCGGGAAGACGAGGCUUGGGGACUUGUGGCCACCACCACGGUCUACGGCACAGAGCACAACAGCACCUUCCUGGAGUGCCUGCCCAGGUCGCCCCAGGCCGCCGUGCGCUGGUUCCUGCAGAGGCCAGAGGAUGGGGGGCCUGACCAGGUAAAGACGGAUGAGCGAGUUGUGCAAACAGAGCAGGGGCUGCUGUUCCGCAGGCUGAGCCGCCUCGACGCCGGAACCUACACCUGCACAACGCUGGAGCACGGCUUCUCCCAGACCAUCGUCCGUCUGGCCCUUGAGGUGAUCCUGGCCACGCAGCUGGACAGCUUGUUUCCGCGGGAGCCAAGGGUAGAGCAGUCCCCAGCCCGGGGCAGCCUGGCCUCUUCCCCGCCCAAGGCCUGGUACAAGGACAUCCUACAACUCACAGGCUUUGCCAACCUGCCCCGGGUGGAUGAGUACUGUGAGCGCGUGUGGUGCGGGGGCCUUGGGGAGCGCCCGGGCUCCUUCCGCAGCCGGGGCAAGCAGGCCAAGGGCAAGAGCUGGGCAGGGCUGGAGCUGGGCAAGAAGGUGAAGAGCCGGGUGCAGGCGGAGCGCAAUCGGACUCCCCGGGAGGUGGAGGCCAUGUAGGAGCAGCCGGAGAGGGGUGGUCAGGAUGGGCCAGGGGAGCCAGAGCAGCCCCUGGCAUCUCCCACCCAGCCAGCAAUGGCAGGGGAGGCCAGGAUGCCUGAUUGCCACCCACAGGAAAGACCAGGGGCCCCAUGGAAGGGACCUGUGCUCCUCUUUAUGCUCUCAGUCCCAGGCUGGAGCCGGCACCCUCUGGCUGCUGGCAGCCCCCAGGGGCCCUGCCAUUUGUUCUGAGAUGGCUGACUUCCGGAGUACAUUUCCGGUUGUGCCCAGAGGCAGAGGGUUGGGUAGUUUUUUCCCAGCCUGGUGAACAAUGGCCAUUUCAAGUGACUCUUAACAUGGGUGGUGGCUCUAAGGAGGCCCUGGGCCUGGGGCCCUCAGGCAGCCAGAAGAGGUUAGGGUGGCCUCUGAUCUAGAGCCUGUUAAGGAGAGCCCACCCUGGAGGGGCUGGAGAGGAGAGCAGCCAUGCCCAGCUAUCUCGGUGGCUCCCUGCUGGGCCCACUUCUCUUUCAUCUCAGAAUCUCCCAGGGCCUGUGCCUUGGGCUCUACUUUAUAAGCCAGCGAAGGAAGGAGGUCCCACAGCCCACCAUGGCCCCACCAUCAGGCCCACAAGCUGACCCGCAGGGGCAGGGUGGGUUCAGAGGAUAUCAUCCCUCAUCGGUGCAUCCUACAGGUGAGAGAGGGCAGCUGAGGCAGGCGGGGCAGGAGGACACGGCUGUCUCAGCCGGGGCAGUGCAAGCACAUGGGCUCGUCGUGUGGAGGCUGUGCCAUCUGCAGCCAGUGCUCAGCUUCGAGGCGGGAAUGAGAAUCGAGAGGUGCUGGAGAUGAAGUGAGAGUGGGAAAAACCCCCAGAUGGGCUAGGGGACCGAGGAGCAGGAGUCCUUAGGGGAUCAAGGUGGCUUUAGGAUGUUUCCAACUCCGGAAUCUGUAUUUUCCAUUAAGUAAGAGCUGCGCACGGGUGGUUCAUUUACCCAGCCUUUGUGUCUUCUAAGGGAAACAAAUGUAAAGGUGAAGAGCCAUGAAGAGCUGUAAGUCCUGCUGUUUCUGGGAGUGCAGGGAGUGCGGUCACCAUCAGCAGUUUCCUGGGCCGGGGAGCCCUGAUGCGGGGAGGACUAAAUGAAAAGACACUCCCGGCCUGCACAGGAACUAGGCAGUGACGCACAAACAGGAGGGAGACAACGCACCGGGCUUGCAAUUCCCUCCAAGAGGAAGAAAGGAAGGAGGGGGAAACAAGACAGGGCUUCCUGCCCCACUGAAACUCCAACCCAGACAGCUUUGGGAGUCCAGUCCCCCAUCCUGGGUGCCUCCACGGUGCUGGGAUGGGAAACAGCCCCACAGCUGCUCCCCUUUCAUUGGGCAGCAAACCCCAGGCACCCAGAUUAGCCUGAUGCUACCUUGAGACUCCUGCAGUAGGGUGCAGCCUGCAGGGAAGGCAGAGGUCAAAGCAGACAAGAGGAGGAAGGGGUGGGCGAGCUGCAGAAGCGGGGAAGGGCAGACGGAGGAGAGUGCAGAGCCCCUGCCAGCUCUGCCUUCUAUUCCAGGGAAGCAAGAGGAAAAGCCCAGGCUCUCAGUGGCCCUUGGGCUGGGCCCAGCUAGGCAGGGUCCUCUGGGGAAGUUACCCUGGAAAAUGCAGGGAGAAGGAGCAAGGGAUCUCAACAGCACCUGGGACCCUCAGAUGGCCUCUUGCCUCUUCCCCGGGAACUGACUGAUCUGCUCCCAGAGCUGCACCGCCCCCCCCCCCCAUGCCUGGAUCCUAGUUCUGGGGCCUAUGGCUUCUGUGUCUCCGGAGCAAGCUUCCCCUAAUUACUAUUGUUAUUUCUAUUGUCAUGAUGGCCCUGAGCUCUGCUGAGGAAAGCGGAAGCUGCCAGGAAAGGGACGGAGUUAAUUUUACAACAAGUAAUUAUAUCCGCA